UGCCGAAAGUAGAGAUAGUCGGUGAGACAGACCUGUUCGUGAAGGAGGACAGUCAGGUGAACUUGAAGUGCGUGGUGACCCAGAGCCUGCAGUCGCCCAGCUACAUCUUCUGGUACCACAAUGGCCGCCGCAUCCUGGAGAACGGAGUCCCUCGCAAGUCCAUCAAAACGGAGAGCAUUGGUAUGGACACAACGAUCAGCACAUUCUCUCCAUCUCCUCGGCCCGCAAGGAGGACCUGGGCAACUACACCUGCCAGCCGACCAACCUUGGAUCUGCCCAGGUCGUCCUGCAUGUGCUUGGUGAAUUUAUGCUUGUUUAUAGGUGAGCACCCAGCUGCCAUGCUCAAUAACAAUGCUUGCGGCAUCCCGUAUGGUCUGCUCGGCCGUGUGCUUCUUGGCUUCAUCAUCAGGAAACUUCUCCUCCACGAAAUACCAACUCUAGCUGAGAUGUCUCUCACAUUUGCAGCCAUCUUCUUCUAA